CUUCUCCCUGAGGAGCCAAGAAGCAGACGGCUCAUGACUUCUGACCAGGACACGAAAGUUGUCGCUGAACCACAGGUGCAGCAAGUACAAGAGGCAAAAGAGAGCUCUCAUUUGGAAUCCGCCAAGGUUUCAGACCUCAACCCCAAUGCGAAAGCAUGGGCCAACCACAUGUUUAGCCUGGACCCCAGCGGCAGCGCCGACACCACUACUGCUGCCCUGCAGCCAUGGAAGGAAGGCUGCGAUAGCUCGGCCGACCCCGGCCCAGAAGGCUAUGAAGCCAGUGAGGACAAGGCUUACAAGGAGCCUCUACUAACCGACCCAGAUGAGCCUCCACUCCCAGUAAUGCUGGCCGAGCCGGCCCCCCGCUGCCCCUGUGGCGGCCCCAGCUGCUGCCCCCCCCGACCCCCGCAGCCCCCGUCACGCUGGAGUGCCCCGAGCCGGCCUACACAGAAUACCCCGAGCCCGGGCCGCCUGGCUCUGCCAUUGGUCCAGGUGGACGAGAAGGGGGAGAAGGUGCGACCCAAUCAGAACCGCUGCAUCGUGAUCCUCCGAGAGGUUCCUGAGAGUACGCCCAUCGAGGAGGUAGAGGCUCUCUUUAAAGGCGACAACCUUCCCAAGUUCAUCAACUGUGAAUUUGCCUACAACGAUAACUGGUUCAUCACCUUUGAGUCAGAAGCAGAUGCACAGCAGGCAUAUCAGUAUCUCCGUGAGGAGGUGAAGACCUUCCAGGGGAAACCUAUUAAGGCGAGGAUAAAGGCGAAGGCAAUCGCUAUCAACACAUUCAUGCCAAAGAACGGUUACCGGCCGGUGGAGGUGAACCCGUACGCUCAGCAGCAGCGCUACACGUCCUACUACAUCCCGCCGGUUUACAGUCCGCAGCAGCAGUUUCCUCUUUACAGCCUCAUCACGCCGCAGGCCUGGUCCACGGCUCACAGCUUCAUCGACCCCGCGCUGGUUGCUCCGUUUCACAACAACCAGUUCAUCAACGGAUUUACAACAUCACACAGUUUCAAACCAGCGACGUCUCCGCUCACCGUCAGACACUACUCACCCAGGAACAGGAAUCACAGUAAACCUCACCUGCGGCCGACCGUCCCGACAGCGGACCGCAGCGCCGGCCUCCUGGACAGUCCGGGUUUAUUUCCCAGCUUCCCCAGCGAGCGUCUGAACGGAGUCCGCAGCAGUCCGCCGACCCGCCUCCCCAGCAACAGCAGCCAGCCCAGAACCAGGUUACCUUCCUCCUCCACGGCCUUCCCACGCAGCCACACCGCCGGCACGGGCCGAGUCACCGAGCCCGCCACCACAGACUACUCUCUGAGCAGAGGAAGGAAAAAGAGGGACGAAAAGUUUACAAGAGUGACGCCUCAGUCUCCGCCUCUUGCUCAGAAACCGGAGUCUCCGAACUUGGAGUUUGAUCCCUCCAGCUUCCCGCCGCUUCCCGGAGCGGCCGGUCAGCUCAAAACAGACAACGUGUUCGACAACCGGCUGGCGAGCAGCGUCGUCGUCGGGACGGUGAAAGAACGGAAUGUAAGUGCUGAGUCCGGUUCAGGAGCAGCUCUCUCCCCCGCCGGACCCAAAGAGCCUCUUCGGCCCUCCGCCUCCACGAUGCCACAAAGCUUCCAGCCGUCGCCGACAACAACGACCCCGACCGUCGCUCCGACUCUGACUCCGACCGCCGGGCCUCCGCACAGUCCGGCUCCCUCCCUCGUCCCCGCAGCAGACGUGAAGGUGACGGAGGUGAAGCCGAAGGAGGCGCAGCUCUCCGUGGAGCGAGUCCCCGGCACUUUGUCCACUGCAAGCAAAUCAGUGCAAGUCAACGGUGCUGCAACAGAGCUGAGGAAGCCCUCCUACGCUGAGAUCUGCCAGCGAGUGAAAGACACCUCGACAUCACAGCAGCAGCAGCAGCAGCCGCCGACCCCGAAGGAAGCCAAGCCAGCAUGCACCAACACCACCAACAACAACGCCACUUCCUCUUCCUCUUCCUCCUCUGCAGCAGGCGAGGACAGGAAGUGCUCCGACGCCUCCUCCUCAUCCUCCUCCAUCCCGGCAGGAGAGGCUACUAAAAACGCCAGAGAGACAUACCCUAAUUCCUCCACCAAACCUGGCUCAGCAGCAGCAGGAGGAGGAGGAGUAGGAGGAGGUGCAGGAGGUCGACCCCCGAGGGAGGCUCGACGGUCGACCGGGCGGUGGGCUUCCCCUCCGCCUCCACAUCCAGGGAAAAACCCCAGCAAAGAUCCCCAUCACACUCCACCCAAAUCUCCCCAGUAGGGCUCCUCCUACUAC